UACCCACUCCUGCCUCCUUGCAAAGGAAGAGGCUGCAGACAUUUUGGAUUCCCCAGGCUGUUUUUCCCCGAGUAGCUGCUCAAGCCCAGGCACUCAGCCAAAGCCCAGCCCCACCCAGUCUUGUGUCCCAGAAUCUGCUAGGAGUCUGGUCCAUCAAGGAUCGAGGCGGCCGGUGUCUGGAGAAGCCCUGCAGCCCGCAGCCCCUGCUCCUGUCGAACAGGGAGAGAAGGCUCCUUUCCCACAUGGCCGGCUUCAGGGUCGUGAGUGGGGGCUUUCGGUUCCUCUGCGCUCCCCUGGAGAAGGGCUGCACUUGGUGCACCCCCAAAUGGGGACAGCAGGGUGGGGAGGCAGCUGGAACGCACAGCACGUGUUGCACUGCCAUGUCAGAGCUCAGCGAUGAAGCCAGCGAGCCGGAACUCCUCAACUGCAGCCUGUCCAUGUGGCACGGGCUUGGCGCACAGGUCAGUCUGGAGGAGCUGGCCGUCCCCCUGGACCUUCACACGGCGGCGUCCAUCGGCCAGUAUGAGGUGGUGAAGGAGUGUGUGCAGCGGAGAGAGCUAGACUUGAACAGGAAGAAUGGCGGCGGCUGGACCCCGCUGAUGUACGCCGCCUACACGGGCCAGGACACCAUCGUGCACCUGCUGCUCGAGGCGGGGGUGAGCGUGAACGUGCCCGCCCCGGGCGGGCAGACGCCCCUGAUGCUGGCCUCCAGCUGUGGCAACGAGAGCAUCGCCUACUUCCUCCUCCAGCAAGGUGCUGAGCUGGAGAUGAAGGACAUCCAGGGCUGGACCGCCCUCUUCCACUGCACCAGUGCCGGGCACCAGCAGAUGGUCAAGUUCCUGCUGGACAGUGGCGCCAACGCGAACGUGAGGGAGCCGGUGUACGGAUUCACCCCCUUGAUGGAGGCCGCGGCCGCCGGUCACGAGAUCAUCGUGCAGUGUUUCCUGAACCACGGCGUCAAGGUGGAUGCCAGGGACCACAGCGGAGCCACAGCCCGGACGCUGGCCAGGCAGCACGGACACAUGAGGAUCGCCGGGCUCCUCGACGCCCACACGCCGCCCCUGCCCAGGAGCCUCUACGGGGGCCCAGGUACCUGCCCCGACUUGCGGGCUGCUUGGUGGGCUGGACUCGCCCCCCAAGUUUCCCAGUCUGAGUCACUCUCAGAUUGGUCGCUGCCCCGCCUGCGCCUCCUUGGCUUCCUCUGAGGAGACGGUGGCACUUGGAGGGUCCCGUCUUCCCCCUUGCCCACGUGGGCGCCGCGCCCCAUUCUGUCCACAGAGCAGGCGCCUCCCCGGGGUUACGUCACCUUCAGCAGCAGUGAUGAGAACCCCCUGGGAGGCCGGGGCCUCUGCUACAGGGACGUCACCUCCCCCAUCAACGACCGGGACGUGGAGAGCAGCAGCAGCAGCAGUCGGGAGGAGCGCCCCUUCUGCGCCGAGCGGGCGGCUGUGCGGAGCAGCAGCAGCAGCGAGGGGCUGGCGAGGGCCCCGGGGCUCAGCAGCGAGGCCUCCUUGGAGAGCAACGAGGACUCGGACCACGCGCGGGGGAGCUCGGUUCGCAAACAAACUAAGAAUUACGUGAAGACCAAGCACCGUCAUAGCAACAGCGACAGCCAGUUGCCUCCUGGCACGGGACCUUUCGGGGCAGCCUGUUCGCCGGGAUCUGCCCCCCAGACUGAGAGGCCCCCCUAUUCUGGGCCCCAGGACCUCGCAGCGCUGCUGGAGCAGAUCGGAUGCCUCAAGUACCUGCAGGUCUUCGAGGAGCAGGACGUGGACCUCCGCAUCUUCCUGACGCUCACCGAGAGCGACCUGAAGGAGAUCGGCGUCACGUUGUUCGGGCCCAAGAGGAAGAUGACCUCUGCCAUCGCCCGCUGGCACAGCAGCGCCCGCCCCCCCAGCGAUGCCCUGGAGCUGGCCUAUGCUGACCGGCUGGAGGCGGAGAUGCAGGAGCUUGCCAUUCAGCUGCACAGGCGCUGCGAGGAGCUGGAGGCCACGCGGGGCCAGGUGUCGCAGGAGCAGGAGCUGCGGGCCGUGGUGGAGAGCUGCCUGCUCGAGCAGGACAGUGCCCGCAAGGACGUCCACGCGCGCCUGCAGGAGGCCUGGGCCUUGGCCCGCGAUGCCGCGCUCGUCCUGGACCAGCUACGAGCCUGCCAGGUCGAGCUGUCGGCGCGACUCACGGGGGACGAGUCUCCCUGCCAGGCAGCGCUGGGCCCAGCCCUCCCCACUGCUGACCCCAAAGGCUGCCAGGCCGCGCUGCAGGCCCUGAGCCUCCCCGAGCUGUCGGGGGCACUGGCAGACCGGAUCCACGAGAUGGGGCGAGCGCUGUGCUCCGUGACACAGAGCCUGGAGAAGCUGCAGCUGCUGAACGGGAAAGAGAACUGGCGGGAGCCUUAGCCGGAGGGACGAACCUGACGUUGGGUGACUGAUCCACCCUGAAGCUGUGCGCCCAGAGGACAAGAGGCCAGUGGGCGGGGCAGGGGCAGCGGCAGCCCCGGGCCCAGCCGGCCUGAGGACCGGCCCGGAGCAGACAGGAGGAAGAGGCUGUGGCUGGUGCAGGGCAGCGUGGUCCCCACAGCGCACGACCAGGGCCCCUGAACCUGGGGCCAGGCUCGGGGCAGGCAGGGCCUUGAGGAGGGUGCCCCUGUUGCGCACAGGCGCCCCCAGAGGCGUGACCUGAGGGUGAGGGCUGAGCACCUGGGCAGCAUUUGACAGUUGCUGAAAAAUAAACGUUCUGAU